CCAGCCGGGAGGCGGCCGCGCAGGGAGGCCGCCCGCACCCCCCAGGCAGGAUGAGCUGCCCGGGCAACCCGAGCGGGGAGCCGCUGGCCCAGCUCAGGUACCUCAGCCGGGAGGAGGCCGAGGCGCUGGAGAAGGAGCUGCUGGAGGAUUACCGCUUCGGCCGGCAACAGCUGAUCGAGAUCUGGGGCCAUGCCUGCGCCCUGGCCGUGACCAAGGCCUUCCCCCUGGCCACGCUGCCCAGGAAGCAGCCCACGGUGCUGGUGGUGUGCGGACCAGAGAAGAACGGCGCCAUCGGCUUGGUGUGCGCCCGGCACCUGCGGGUCUUUGAGUACGAGCCGACCAUCUUCUACCCCAAGCGGUCCCCGACCCCCGAGUACCAGGACUUCACCACCCAGUGCGAGAAGAUGGACAUCCCCUUCCUGUCCUACCUGCCGACCGAGGUCCAGUUGAUCAACGAUGCCUACAACGUGGUGAUCGACGCCAUCCUGGGCGCGGACGCCGAGCCGGGGGAGAUGAAGGAGCCCUACACCGGCAUCCUGGCCACCCUGAAGCAGAUCCGCAUCCCCAUCGUCAGCCUGGACGUGCCCUCAGGCUGGGACGCCGAGUCCGGGAGCAGCGAGGGCAUCAGCCCCGACGUGCUGGUGUCGCUGGCUGCGCCCAAGCUGUGCGCCGCCCGCUUCCUGGGCCGGCACCACUUCGUGGCCGGCCGCUUCCUCCCCUACGACGUCCAGAAGAAGUUCGAGCUCAACCUGCCCGAGUACCCGGGCACCGAGUGCGUGGUCUCCCUUUAGGGAGAUGCUUCGGGGUGGCAUCAGGGACGCAGAAGGGGCAGGCAGGCAUCUGCCCAGCUCACAGCGUGACCCACCGGCACCGUGGGCCUGGCACAACCCUCCCCAAGCCCAGCUCAGCCCAGGGCCCUCCGGCUCAGGCCGCCCAUUUCCCCGCACCGUGUGUGCAGGUCGGUGCUGUCCAUGGGGCGAGUCCCCGCUGCUGUAGCCGGAGGAGCUGGGGCAGGGGGGAGAGGGGAGGACAGGAGCAGCUGCCACUUGCCCGGGCACCCCCGGCCCUGCAGCUCGGUGGCAGCUUUUCAAAUCGGUGCCGAUGCCUUCGCCUCCGCUCUCCGCCGUGGCACCUUGCUGGCUGGGGUCCGGCGUGCCCGGGCGGCAGGGUGGGGAGUGGGAUGCCGAGAGGCGGGGGCCACCCUUCUCGAGCAGGCAGGGCAGUGCCCAUCCCCAGGAGGGAGCUGAGCCGCCUGCUUGCAGAGGGUCGGCCUCCGGGGACCACGCCGUCAGGCCCACGAGUGCUCGAGCUGUCACUCACACGCAAAUAAAGAGGGCCUGGCACCGUC